AUGACAGGCAUGCACGACUUGUCACCGAGAGAGCGAAAACGUCAAAGGGAAGCAUUGCGUCGACGGAUGCAACAACCAGGACUUCGUCCCGGCCUACUCCAGAAAUGGCAGGCAGCGUCAACAGACGCCCAGAAAUUCGAGUUCAUCCAAGCCUUUCUUCUCGACCCCUCCUCGCUUUCGUCCAUUUCCAUAGAGAGCCACUACGAAGAGUUGGCUAGGAAGGAAAGUGAAUCCAACUGGAUAGAGGUGCCGCUAGAAGAGAUACGCAAAAUGUAUCCUUCUGAGGCUGGCCAGCGCUUCAUCGAACAGAACAUCAUCAACAAACAGCAGGGCAGAGGGCAUCCGCAGGAUGCUGAACGGGCAAACCCAGAAAUGGUGUUGUACUGGAUUUUCCAAAACAACACUGACACAACCAAGCAAAGACGUGACGUUUCCCAGAAACUGGUAGCAGCCGGUGCCGUCCCGCACAACAAAGCAGCACGUGCUGCUGUCUCUGCAACCAUGGUUGCUGCCGCGGCUGAGUUUGCAAGCGCAGACCCUGGGAAGGGAGGUGCUUCAGCAGCAGGGAAAGGACAAGGGAAGAGUAAGGGUCAAGGGAAGAAAGGGCAAAGGACGCCCAAGGCUCCCAAGGCCAGCGAUGCCCGAGUCGUUACGGCUGCGGAGCAGGAACGGAAAGAUUUCAACAAGAAGAUGAUCUUUGAAUCGAAAGACUUCGUUCAGUACAACGCUCACCUGCUUCGCUAUGACCGCUUUGUGGAGGAGCCUGAGGAUUGGCCGGAGGACGAAGAGGAUUUGGAUGGGGAUCCCUACGAAGGAGGUGAAGAAGAGGCUGAGGAAGAGGUGAGUAGUUUGGACGAGGGGCCAGAGCCCUGCAGUGUGGAUAGGAUCAGGAAGGAUGAAGGUGCGCUCUACUCUGUGGUGGAUCUUCCUUCCCCAGAUUUCUUUAUCUCCCCCUCUCUCCCGUCCUCCACCUACCCAAGGAAAGCAGAAAUUCGAGAUUCUCACAUUGCUGCUACCGCUAUCUGCACAGGGAGGCAUCCAGCAGCAGACCCUUGGGGCCGGCCUUUCUCAAAGCAGUACUUCCCCAAACGGUUCUCCAUGGCAAACCGGCUCAUUGCUGGUGGAUAUGUUGCAACUUUAGAAGCGAUUCAAGCAGACCAAGACUUUGUCCGAAUCCUUUUCCAGCCGGAUCGCUUCUUUUCUCGUCAAUCCUGCUGCUACUACUGCAGAGCAUUGGCAUGGGUCUACAUAGACCAGAACCCGGAGUUGAAUGAACUUCUGUUUACGAACUUUGGGGAGAGGGCCGCCCACAGACAAACGUUGGUAACCACAGAGGAAUGGCUUGACAUCAACCCUGCAACUCCGCUGUGCGCAAUUCCUGGGUGGUCACCGUGGCGAAUCUUGCCGGAUUUCAUGCACUUAGUUCAUUUGGCGUUAUCUCCGGAUGCCAUCACAUCGGCUUUAUUGGAUUGGACAGACAACCAAUGGUACGUCGAGGGUGGGUCACGGGACAAACGACUAGCAAAACUCUGGGAGAACUAUCGCGCCUAUUGUGAGGAAGCCCACAUUACUGAACGAGCCCAGCGGAAGUUGUUUACAACAGCCGUGCUGAAGCCAGAAGGCGGCAGAUACUGCGAACUAAGCCAGAAAAUACUCAACGCCACAGGCGCUCGCUAUAUGACCUUUUGGGCCUCUAGCCUGUCUGUCCAGUUUGCAACUUUAGGUUACGAUGCGGACAUGUUCCGAGCUGGUGUAUUUACUGGGCUUGCCGAAAUGGAGCUAUGCAAUUUGCAUGGUGGCAGGUACUUUUCAACGAGUGAAUGGGAAACUUGGAAAGUUGGGUACUUCGCCUACCGUUCUGGGUGCAUGCAUUUGGCAAAUGCCGCAAUAGAAGCGAAACAACCUCGGUGGCGCCAACGCCCCAAAUCCCAUCAAUUAGAACAUCUGGGGCUGGACUGGCGGGGGUUAAAUCCUCGCUACUGCUCCAAUUACCUAGACGAAGACUUUGUCCGCCGAGCCAAAAAAGUGGCUCUUGCUUCAAACCCAAGGUUUGUCAGCAAACACGUUUUGUUCCGGUACACUGUCGACAGCACCCUCCGCUGGAUGGGACCUGAUUUGUUUUAA